AUGUCCUUUACGUUAGAGAAGAAGGAAACCAAGGCCUACCCCUGGCGGGCGCCUGGAAGCACGUUACUAAAAGAUGAUGAUAAACAACUUGUUAUCGUUUAUAACAAGUAUAAAUCGAAUUGCCCCUUACCAAAGGCAAAUUCACAAUUGAGGUUUAACUUGAUAUUUGUCCAUGGCACAGGGUUCAACAAGUCAAUUUGGAACUACCAUAUAAAGAAAUUGUAUAAGCUUUCACAAUCUAUGCAAGUGCCAUGGUUUUUAGAUUCGGUGAUUGCUAUUGAUGCUCUUGGACACGGCGAUUCAAGUUUGGCAAAUUUUGGCAAAUUGGGGCCAAUAUACACUUGGGACGAUGGCGCACGCGACCUUAUACAAGUUGUUCAGAACGAAAUCGAUACUACAGGUGAUUUCAAAAACGAUUCCGAGUCUAGAAACGUGCUCAUUGGCCAUUCAAUGGGCGGAUUCGUAGCACUUUAUGCUGCAUUUUUGGGCGAAACGUUAUUCGACUCAGUUGUUCCUAUUGAAGCUGUUUUCUACGGUAAACCAGAAGGGCUUGAGAUUUUCAAAACAAUUUUCAGUAAAAUCUCAAACUUUAUUAUAGAUACUUUUGAUUCUGAAGAAGAUGCAAAAUAUUACUUUGAGCAGUUUUCAUUUACUAAGAAGUUUCAACGUGAUGUGUUGAAUGAUUACAUGGCGGAUGAAAUCAUCAAGGUGAAGGAUAAGGAAACUGGAGAAUAUAUUUAUAAACUAAAAUGUAUGAAGCCUCACCAAAUGGCAGGAUAUUUAGGAGCGUUCCUUUCAAUCCCAAAGGGAAUGUCAGCAUUACCAUUUAUCCAAAUCCCAGUUUUACAUGUUAUUGGGUCAAAGGCACGCUGGAAUCCACCGGAAAGUAUUGACUGGAUAAGAAAUACCAUUAACCCGAAAUAUUUCGCCGGUGGGGUUGAUAUGAAGGAUGGCGAGCACUUGGUUCUAGGUGAACACCCAGAUGAGACGGUUGAAGUAAUUAAAGAUUUUUUGAACAAGAGAAACCUGGAUUUCAAGAAAGAAGUGGCUGAAACUCCAGAGGGUCGUUUAAAAGGUGAUAGAAAAGCUAUUUUUGACCAAGAGUUUGGAAGCUUGUUGAAAUUCGACCUCGAUAAUGUUUACGGAUACGAAAUCAUGUCCAAGUCGGAUGAGAUAGAGGCGUAUAUAAUACGUUGUAUAUCAAAUGAUAAGAAGCUAAAGAAUCUCUAUGAGAAGUUAAAGAAAGUCAAUAAGAAAAGUUUAUCGAAGUCGACCAAGAGUGUCAAGCUAUCUAAGCUUGAUAAUGAGAUAACGAAUACAAUUUAUAGUGUGAUGAAAGAUAUCAAGCUGGGUAAUGAAUUGAAAAAAAAGGAGCAUAGGAAGAGCAAGAAGAGAGGUAAACUGGAGAGUGAUGGUGAGAGUCGAGAAUCUUUGAGUAGUGACGAUUCUUCCACCGCGCAGGAAGAUGAAGAUCUGGAAAAGGUCGAUACCAAGAGGAAGAGAAUGCAAAAAGACAGCGUUUCCAAAGAGUUGAGCGAUUCUUCAUCCAGCUCAUCCAGCUCUGAUUCAAGCUCUGAUAGUGAAUCAGACUCAUCAGAGGACGAAAGUGAUAGCUCAUCUAGCUCAUCUAGCUCAUCUAGCUCAUCUAGCUCAUCUAGCUCAUCUAGAUCAACCAGCAGUUCCAGUUCAUCCAGCUCAGAUUCAAGCUCUGAUAGUGAAUCAGACUCAUCAGAGGAUGAAAGUGAUAGUUCAUCUAGCUCAUCCAGCUCUGAUUCAAGCUCUGAUAGUGAUUCAAACUCAUCAGACUCAUCAGAGGAUGAAAGUGAUAGCUCAUCCUCCUCAUCUGAACCAAACAGCUCAUCUCCAGAUACCUCAACAGCUGGUUCAAAUGAUGUCAAAAAAAAGCCAAGUUCCAAGAGUGAAAAAACCAAGUCUUCGAAAGAGAGCAGGAAAAGACACGCAGCAGAUACCAAAUCUGUAAUUGAAGGUGAUCAACAAGUGAAAAAGCCAAAAGUUGAUUCGAAUCUUUCACCCGAGGUCUCGUCAGAGACAGAUACAUUUAAAUCAUUAAACUCCAUUCCACCAGCUUCACCCGAAUCAGAAUUGAAACCUGGGCAAAGGAAACAUUUUUCAAGAAUAAACAGAUCAAAGAUUAAUUUUGAAGACAAGUCUUUGCAAGAUAACACAUAUAAAGGAGUUGCAGGUACUUGGGGAGAGAAAGCAAAUGAGAAAUUAUUGCAAGUUAGAGGUAAGGAUUUCACAAAGAAUAAGAACAAAAUGAAAAGAGGGAGUUACAAGGGCGGUAGUAUUACUUUAGCUUCUGGUUCCUAUAAGUUUACUGACUAA